AUGAAGAAACAUUUACUAAAACCAAUAACAAAACCACCACCACCAAUCCUCAACCCACCACAACCACCACCGCAACCAAACCCACCUUUCUUCCCUCCCACCCUCUCCCCCACCCAACACUACACCCACUUCCUCCACUUCCUCAACACUCACCUCACCCCUCCCCUCACUCCACAAACCCUAACCCAUUUCCUCAAAUCAAAGCUCCACCACCACCCUUCUUUCACUCACUACGAUUUCCAUCUCUUCAAUUGGGCGUCAACCCUCGACACUUUCUCUCACAACCACACUUCAUACGAAUGGAUGACACAAACCCUCGCUAUCUCUCAUCGUUUCUCUCUCCUCCGUACCCUCCUCAACUUCAUCUCCUCCAACCCUUGCACCUGCUCCCACGCCAUUUUCUCUUGCCCCAAAACCGAAUCCAUUUUCCGUUUCGCAAUUCAUGCUUACUGUAAAGCCUCCAACUUCGACGAUGCUCUUUUUGCAUUUAACUCUAUGCGGAGGUUAAUCGAUGGAAAACCAAGUGUUUCUUUAUGUAAUAUUUUGAUUCAUGGGUAUGUUAAAUCCGGGAGAUUUGAUAGAGCUUUUGAGUUUUACAAUGAGAUGAUUAAGGAUAGAGUUAAGCCGGAUGUGUUUACUUUUAAUAUUUUGAUUAGUGGUUAUUGUAGGAAUUUUAAGUUUGGUUCUGCAUUGGAGAUGUUUGAUGAAAUGCGGAGAAUGGGGUGUCAUCCGAAUGUUGUUACUUUUAAUACUUUGAUUAAAGGGUUGUUUAGGGAAUGUAGAGUUGAUGAAGGGAUUGGAAUGGUUUAUGAAAUGAUUGAAUUGGGGUGUCAACUUUCUAAUGUUACUUGUGAGAUUUUGGUUGAUGGGCUUUGUAAGGAAGGUCGGGUUUUGAAGGUGUGUGAGUUGUUAAUGGAGUUAUCUAAGAGAGAGGUUUUACCUAAAGGGUAUGAUUAUUUUGUUUUGGUGGAAGUUUUGUGUGGGAAUGGAGAUGCUUUUAAAGCUUUGGAGGUUAUUUAUGAGUUGUGGAGUAAAGGUUGUGUUCCUAGCUUGAUUUCUUGUAUUGUGAUGAUUGAUGGUUUGAGAGGAUUAGGGAAGAUUGAAGAGGCAAUGAGAUUGGUGGAAAAAAUGCUUAAAGAGGAGGGUAUGGUACUUGAUGUUGUGACUUUCAAUUCUGUUCUUCAAGAUCUUUGUGAUGUGAGAAGGACUGAAGAAGCCAAUAGGUUGAGAUUACUUGCUUUGAGCAAGGGUUUGGAACCCGAUAGCAUGACUUAUCAAAUUCUGGUUACUGGGUACAGAGGAGAGGGAAAUCGAGCGGAUGGAGAGUUAGUAGUAGAUGAAAUGUUGGAUAAGGGGUUUAUACCUGAUCUUGCUUCAUAUAAUAAGCUGAUGGAUGGACUAUCUAAUUGUCAACGCCUGAAGCGUUAUCAAAUGAACAAAAUUGUAAACUGA